AUGGGAUUCCCUUCGCCGAUGCUACUUCAGGCUGCGUUGAUUUUACUGGUAGUCUCUCGUACGUUUGAAAAUUCAACACAAUUACGGGCGAUUGAUAAAAAGUCACUGUUCUUGCUAAAUAAGCCGUUCCAUUUUAUUAAGCAGUUAGAGAUCAUCCAGCGAGCAAGACAUGAGCCCUUAUCCUAACCACUUGUAAGGCAUAAUACUCUAAUUUGACAACUGUUAGUAAAUCAACAAUACAAAUAUAAGUAUAUAUUAGUCUGUCAAGGCUCGCACUUAAUAACACAUUCGUCGCUUUUGUGUUCAGACGGCAUAGAAAAAAUAUGCAGAGAGGACAACAAAUAUUGCAGACCUCUUCCCUUCACCAAUGGAGAUGAUAGCAAGGACGCCCAAUGCCGCCGUGUAUGUGCAAAAAAACGAGGUAUGUACUUCCAUUUAAGCGCUUCUCCACCAUGUCCGUUGAAACUGCAGAUGUUUCGCACGUUCGCUGCCGCCUGCUCAUCCAGAACAUGGAGAUUAAUAAUUAACUUCUUUCUUUGUCUCAAGCGAACAUAACCGAGAAAACGACUGCCUACUUUUGCAAAGGGUCUGGCCAGUCUUGCAGUGAGUAUAAGGUUUAUGGACGGAAAGGCCACGGUAGAAUCUUUGAGAGGCACGUGAGGUGUGUUCGGACAUGUCAGAUGUUGGAACAACGUAAGUAACUGUGGGACAUUUAUUUGUUUUACACGAUUUCACUUUAUUUUCUGUAGCACAGUGUUUAAAUAAUACAUUUAUGCCAGAACUGGGUAUUGUGAAUAGCAAGCUAUUCUGUUUAACCUGCGAGAGAUGAUGCAUUUUAGUGGACGGCAGCUCCGCGCCGUCCUUUGAAGUGUGCGACCACAGAUGGGGGAACUGUCUCCAGAUUGAGAGGAAGGACGGAAGCUUUAAUGCUUACAAACAGUGCGUUCCCAGGUGCAGUGGUUGGACCGAUUGUAAGCUGCCACUUUACCGUCAUAUUUUUGCUGAAUGCUUUUGUUCUGUUGUUUGUACAUGCAUCCGUUGUAGAUUAUAAUGUUGCUUUAGUUUUCUCUACCUGCUGAAAUUAGUUUUGGUUUUAUUUCAGUAGAAAGAACAGAAGAGCACACAGCAUACAUGUGCGACGAACGUAAUUACUGUGAGGCAAGGACAUACUUCACCAAGACUGAAGAUGAGGGAUUUCAAAGUCUAAAGACGUGUCUGCAGGGGUGCCUAGCAGGUGAUGUUUUAAAUGCACUGUGGGUUUCCAGAACCAUUUUCGAUUUUCAGUAGGCGUAUUUCUGCACGCCAUCAAAUCCAUCCUAGUUCAAAGUAGGAAUUGCCAGUAGGGAAGCCUGCCACGAUUAUCUGAAACUAUCAGUAUCGCGCAGCUGAAGGUUUGAUUGCAUGUACAUUCGUGCUUUAAGGUCAAAUGUUCAUGCAGGUAUGGCCACGUCUUACAGAAUAUUGUUUUUGAACUUGCAGGAUGGAAACCCGAGGGCACUUAUUUGUGGAUGAUUUGGAAAAAUUGAAACAACAAUUGUCCGCAUUGGCGGUGGAAGUUUGCAAAUCUGUGUCUUGGUAAAACAGAGCUGCUCUGUCAAGUUAGGCGGUAUUCUUCAAACAAGUAUAUAUCUAGUAUUGGCUUUAAUGUCUCCGUCGAUUCUUCUGUAGUCGUCUGUUCGAGAAAGCCCUUUCAAGCACUGCCGACGCCCUGAGAAACCAGAAACGGUAAACAUGCAUAUGGGAUCGUACACCACGAAGAGUUCCCACCUAGGUUUGCUGUUGUGGCAAAGGCGAAGAGAUCGUCGAAGUGCAGAAGACAAUUUUGAUUCCUGACAGUCCGGUAGGUCUGUUUGAGGGCCUAUCUGUCAUUACUCAAGGGAAAAUAGGAUAAGGCGACCAAUUCUACAGCAGUACGAUGAGGUCACAAGGGAUUUGAGGACAUUGAUCGCUCUCCUCCAAAACCUUUACAACAGCCCAUGGUCUUUUUCAGCCGUGGGCGCCACUCGUAGAUUUCGUAUUUCAGAUGCAAUCAUAUUACGGCUAAACGAAUAGAACACAGUUCACCCUCUUAGACACCUUGACGCAUUGACAAUGUUGUUUAAGAGUUGACAAGAUCUGAAUCCGAAUGCCUUUCUGUUCGGUCACUUUAAAAAGGAGAUUUUGGUGAUAGUGGAUAGUAUUGCAACUGUUUCGUGAUUCGUAUGGUGUGGUUGUUGGUAUUCAGUAAAAUCAUGUCCCUUAAAUAAAAGUAAGCGGGAAUUCUAACCAGCUUCUUCCGAUAAAUUUUAAAAAACGAAACUUCGGUUAUUUCACUUAUUCGGUGGCGCUUAUUCCAUUACAGUUAAGUAUAUUCAAGGGUAAUAAUCAAUGCAAUUAAAGACCCUAUUUAAAAUGUUACAUACAAUAUUCUGUGUCCGUGUCAUACAUAUAUUAAAAAUAUUGUUUUGAGCUUGCAGAAUUGAAAUUCAAGAGCACUAAUUUGUGGAUGAUUAUGAAAAAUUGAAUUGAAACAACGGUUACCCGCAUUGACGGUGGAAGUUUGAGAAUCGGCGAUUUGGUGAAACAUACCUUCUCUGUCAAUUAAGGAGGUAUGUUUCCAGCUAGUAUACAUCUAGUGUUUGUUCUAAUGUCUCCCUGAAGAAGUAUGUAGCCGACUUGUCGAGAAACUCGCUCCGAGCACUGUCGACUCCUUGCGAAACCUAUAACCGUAAACAUGCAGGUGUUAUCGUACUCCAAGAAGUUUUAGAGAGUUCCUACUUAGGUUUGCUGUCGUGGCGAAGACGAAGAAAUCGUGAAAGUGAAGAAGACAAUCUCGAUUCCUCUUAGUUUGGUAGGUCUGUAUGACGGCUCGUCUGCCUGUACUCGAGAGAAAAUAGGCCAAUGAGACCAUUUCUGUAGCUGUGUGCUGAGGUCUCAAAGGAUUUCCGAUUUUGGGUCGUUCUCCUCCGAACAUUUUGCAACAACGCGUAGUCUAGUUCAUCCAGGGUUUCCAUGCGUAGCUUUCGCAUUCCAGUUGCGAACGAAUAAGAACUAAACUAAGAGAGAACCGUCUGGCCUUUUGGACUACCUAACGCAUUGAGAAUGGUGUUUUAGAGUUGACAAGAUGUUAAUUCCAACGCCCUUCUGUUCGGCUUCUUUUGAAAACACAUUCUACGAAUGAGGAAUUGGUGAUAAUCUCCAUUUCUGCCCCCGUUUAAGUGCGACACAAUUUUUAAGGUAUAAGUUAAACACCCAUUUAUCGGACCAAUCACAUGGUUGUAUCCCUCUUGCUGGGUCUAUCAUUCUCGUAGUUGAUCGCAUAGUGCGUUUCGCAAAGUUUUGUUUAACGUUUCUACUUAAACCACGUAAGUAACAUAUUUUUAUAGUGAGAUCGAAAGUGUUGAUCACGUUCAUGAGAAAAUGUUAAUAGGCUUCCUAACUGAACACCAACUCCUAGAACUACUGUAACGAGUGUGGAAGCAAACGGCCUCGCACACUCGACUUUGGAACAACUCGUCCCGUGCAUUCCUAUUACAACUGAGGUAACGAUUAUCCCAAGCUAUCAAUGCUCAUUUCUUCAAACGCACAUCAGCACCACACGUGGCAAGCUGCAAUAUAAAUCAUUUAUUUUGUUUGAACUACAAAUUAGCGUUCACUGAGGCGCAAUGGGCAUAUAAAGUGGCGUUCUUAUUUAAGCUAUUGAGACCCUUUAUGUACCUCCGACGAUGGACAUCGAGAAUGAUUUCGAAUCGAGUACUGCAGCUGCCGCUGAUAUAAGGCGUUUCGUAUAAUCAAGAGGCACUUUGCCGUGGAUACGGGAUGAGUUUAAUAUAAUAUCGUACCGUAGCCGACAACCAAUGUUCCCCUUGCAGUGCCGCAGACAUUCUUCAAACGUCAUUUGCAGUAUGCUUCACAUGCACCCAUUAAACUCCAGAACUGCUCAAUAUAGUAGUUGGCAAACCUACGCUCACUGACUGUGAUAAUUCGACCAUCGCAUCUGAGGAUUCACAGCAAAACGAGGCAGGCACGGUGACUUGCGCUCGGUUUAGCGGAAAGACGAGAAGAACAACUCAACGCCAUCUUCCCGGACAUUCAAUUUACGAUGGAGGAGGAGGAAAACAAUCAGCUGGCCUUCCUGGAUGUCCUCGUCUGCCGAAAAGAUUGUGGUGGCCUAAAAACCAAAGUGUUCAGGAAAGCGACAAAUACGACGUAA